CCUAAACGUUUUAACCGCGUCACGCCACGGUUGCGCACCAAUAGGGUGACAACGGCUAGAACGGCUAGGUUAGCAUUUCCUAGGCCACUAAGGGCAAUCGCGCUCUUGGCACGGCCUCUUUUAGGCAGUCUCGAUCAGGCAGUUAAUGUGCGCGGCAGUUCGUUACAAUAAAGAGUAAUAACGUUCCGAAAAACCCAUAACUCAAAGCUGACCGUUUUGACAACGCUUAUUUUAUGGCUUGUGAGACUUGUUUGUUUACAUUAGAACGGUGUAUCGUACCGUGUGUGUUAUGUGUGUUUGCCAAACAUUCUACGCAGUAGACGGAGACGGCGGGUCAGUGUAGUUCUGUAGCAACUGUAAGCAAGCAACUGUACGGUCAUGCGUGAGAUAAUCUAUCAAUCAGUAGUUCGGUUCAGUGGAUUGUGAAUCAGUGGAUCAGUGGUAAUGUUGCAGCUCACUGUGUGGGCCCUUUGCUGUGAGGUCGUUAGCGACGAAGGGGACCUGUUUUGAGCACUGAUAAACACAAGCCUGUCAUGGUGGGACUGGACAACGCCGACAAGACGACCAUUCUGUACCAGUUUCUGAUGAACCGGUGGUUCACACGAGCGAUCGGAUCGAACGUGGAAGAAGUACGCAUGCAGUUUACCAGAUAACCAGUGGCAACUUCGUAAGCCGCUUACCGGUGACGGGUGUCCAUUUGCCUCUUUUCUCAUUCAUUCGCCGUGCCGCGUAUUUUCAUCGUGUGGAAGAAUAUCCACUUUUUGGUGUGGGACCUCGGCGGGCAGCAAAGCUUCGGGCCGCAUGGAGCAUCUACUACACAAACACAGAGGUGGGUAGGCGCCCGGACCUGCCCUAAGGACAAUUAAUUAAUUAAUUAAUUUCUAAAUUAAUUUUCUAAAACUGCGGCGAUUGCCAACAACGACAAAAGUCGGUGCAAUUUCGCUGUCCACACUGCGAUGCUACACGGUGCAUAACAGCAGAUAUAACAGCCUCUUGUAUAACUGCGCUGCCAUACGGUGCAUAACAGCAGAUAUAACAGCCUCAUAUAACAAUUUUGACAGUACAGCGACCAGGCGUCAUAAGCGUUGUGGCUCAGCAGACCCUAUAACACGACGUUAUACAGGGCGCAAACCACGACGUUAUACAGGGCGCAUACCAGAUUUGACACUAUGUUACGUGUUACGUGUUAUAGUUAUGCACCGUGUGACAUCGCAGACACGUUACGAUUUGUCUGUGCGAUGCGAUUGCACAAACUAAAGCCCGGUCCACACGUUACGACUUCACUUCUACUUUAGUCUGUGCAACCGCAUCGCCGCAGACCAAUUGUAACGUGUGGACGGCGAAGUUGCAACGACUUUUGUCGUUGUUGGCAGUCGCCGGCGACGUAGCAAAUUAGGCACCUAAUACACAUGACGAGCGCAUGCGCGCAAUAAUAUAAUUAAUAUUUACUUGAAAUUAUGAUCUUAUCGCGUAUAGUAGUUUGUACUUUGAUGUUUUCGAUAGUUUUUGUUUCAAAAAAAUUUGUCGCAAAUAUGACGAUUUUCUACAACAUCCCUCUCAGUUUUGGUUAGAAAAUCAAAAUGAGUCAAAUGGCAAAGGACGAAACGAGAAUUGGUGGCAUGCUGACGGCGUUGCCAUGGGAAAUGAAUAAAUAAAUGUUUUCCAAUUCUUCUAGUUCUCUUCGAAACAAUAUCUUUGCAGACAUUGUUAGUUUUUCACGGCUGGUUUUAUUGAAAAUAUUUGCAAAUUAUUUAGUUGUAUAGUUCGACGGAUCUGGAGGAUACACAAUUUCAUCGAAAUGGCAGAAACACUACCUACAGAUAAAAACGAUUCGAUUUCGAUGCACGAUUUUCUGGAAUUCUUGAAUGUAACAUGCCAAGUAAAUGAUUCUUUCAAUAACUGUAAGAAAAAUCUGUCAACUUUCGACUACAAUCAACUAGCUCGGAAUGAGCUGGUAAGUAACAUUCAACAGAAAAGCCUGCAGGAUGUUGGCAAUCCUACCGAUGGUACAUCAGUUGCCUCACCUAUAAAAAACCCGACAGUCCCAAUGGGUUUGGCAAAAAAGGAUUCAAAAAGUACUGACGACAAUGCCCUCGUCGUCCUGCGAUCGCCAACGGGAAAAAAAAUGUUGAUGAAAAAGAGAAUCAUUUUACAAAAAUCACAAAAAAGUAAAGCCGAACCACAUGAAGUUCCGAAAAGUAAAGUUGAAACUAUCCUGAACGAAAAACUGGACGUGGUGCUUAACGAAGGCAUACUCGACUCUGUGCUACCAUUCGUUUGUCCCUCGAAUGGUUCCGGAUAUCAUCAUCAUAGGGGAGCAUCAGGACCAAAAGCAACUAGUACUAAUAUGUCUGUCGGCACUGGCGUAAGCGGCCAUAAACCAGGGACGGGAGAUUUCAACACCCAUUCAACACAUUCAACACCCGAAACCCAGCUACCCAAUACUGCUAGCGUUGGGGGGAAAAAAUCAACUAUUUCCGCCGUAGGCGAUGUUUCACAGAACUUUUUAAUCGCGAGCAGCUCGACAAAGACUGGAGUUCGAAGAAAGUCUUCAAUUGCCCAGAUUGCAAUUCCGGACAGUCGCUCCGAGCCGGAGGUCAUUAUACAUGUGUGUGAUGAGGUGAAAGGUUCUUCAAAAGAUUUUACGUGUCCGCAGAAACUGUUGGUCUCCAAGAUGGGCUAUUUUGCGGACGUAACAGCCGGUCAGCGGCUUGAGGAUAUGGAUAUCUCGGUGCACUGCGAUCUGCAGAUCUUCGAGUGGCUCAUGAAAUGGGUGAAGAGGGAGUCGGUGACGCAAGAAGACUGGCCGGCUCUUGAUCCAACCAAUGUAAUUCCAAUAUUGGUCUCGGCCAGUUUCUUGCAGAUGGAACCUCUUCUGCUCGACUGUCUGUCGUUUUGUCACGCUCGACUUAACGAGGUCGUAAAGGCUUCUGCAAAUCUAGCCUGCUUGAACGAUAGCAUCAUAACCAGACUUGCAGCUAUGUUCACCAACCUCGAGUUAGAGCUGGUAAAGGAUAAAAAAGAUCGCAUUGCACCUCGUCUAUGGACUAAACUGAUACAAUGUCUAUGCGAAAAUGAACCACAAGCUCUACGAGGACACUAUGCAACGUUGGUUGGAAUGUUCCGAUGCUUAAAGUGCGGUAAGUUUCUAACUCAAACGGUCGCGACGUAUCUGCACUGUCUGCCGCAGAAUAUUCGCCUCAAUCGGUGGGGUCAACUUAUAAGCGCCCAUAUGAAGGACCCUUCCUGGAACGUCACUAACUACGUUUCGAGCUUGCAUAAAGAGUUGCGCUCAUGGCGCAAGGUUUAUUGGCGUCUUUGGGGCAAUUGCCACUUUCUCUACUGUUCCACCUGCGAUACGCACUUCCCUGUGAGUCAGAUGAUGUGGUGUCAGUAUCAUCCAGAGCAACCCCAGUUUCUUGGACCAGCAGCUGAAGGACGUGUGGCAGGACCAGCUGGGCGCUUUCCUUGCUGUGGUAAACAUGCGUAUCGUUACGAAACGUUGCCGGGACCAACGGGAUGUCUUUUUCGCGAGCAUACCGUGCAAGUGGAUACUGAUCGCGAUCGUGCGGUAUUGCAACUAGCGCUUCACGCCUCUGAUGGUGGCUGCCUAUAUGAGCCGCCUCCCUUCAAACAUCCUAAUUCAUCGGCAGAUCCAUGGUGGAAUGGGAUCGGCAUCCUUCCGCACCGAUCGCGUCAGGGUUUGUUGCCGACCUUUCACGUUGAUAGUGACGCUAUAUUGCAAAAUCGUUCAAAUCACCGAAAUAUGUCACAGUCCCUGAUGGAUACUGAAAGUGAUUCUGACUCCGAGGAAUAUGAUAAGUCCGCUACCAAUCAAAGUCGUAGCACUACCAGCAGCUCCGACGGCGAAGAAUCGGAAUACAGCAGCACGCCCUCCUUCCAUCAGCAACAUCAUCUUCAGAAUCACCAAAGUAAUAAGGAUAUGCGAAGAAAAUCGAAACUUUCAUACGGUCGAAACUGGGCGGGCGAUAUGUCUGCUCGGAGCAAUCAGGACAACCAGCGAGAAUUUGAAGAGCGUGCGAUGAAACAAAUAAUCGCUUUGGUUGGAAAGAGAACUGGUGGAGAGCAAAAUCUGCAGUACCAGGCGUACCAGCAUGGCGGAAUGUACAUCAGACUCGAGACAGAUUGGCGAGAAUCGAUUAAACAGAAAAAUCUUUCCAGCCUUAAGAUUAAAACAAACGGUGGCCAAAAAUGAUGGCUUUGAAUCAGUUUGCUAAAUAAAUUGGGAA